AUGGAUUUGAAUCCGAUCGAAAGUUGUAAGUUAUUGUUUACUGUCUUCUGAGGUUAAAGAUAAGAUGUUUUUAUGUUUUUUGAAGCGAUAUUAUUAGUUUGGAUGUUAUUGGGAGCUUUUUAAGAUGGUUAACAUUGACAAAAAUAUUGUCUUAGACUUGAGUAUUGAAAGCAGUGUUUAAUAUUGUUAAAAUAGGAAUUUUUAGCUGAUAUUAGGCAUGUUUAACGUGUCUACUAUAGUUAAGCUGUACACAAAAAAUCAGCGUUAAAUUAGAUUUUAAAAUAUCUUUUUUUGCUAUCUGUGUAAAGAUUGUCUACAACAAUAUGCUUUCAGUGCCCAAACCUCGAAAUGGCUCGUUUUACACGUGGGACGAGCUGAUGCUUUUCCGCCAGGGUCAACAGAUGUAUAGACGUCCCGCUCAACUGGUUCAUCCACAUCAUUACGCUAGCGCUUAUCUGCAACAAAGCGCCUCAAGUUCAUCUAGUGCAAUGUCAGCCAGUGCGAUGUCGUCCAGUGCCAUGGGAAGAACUAUGUACUUUUACAAUCAGUAA